UAUAUCACAAGCACGUAUUUAUGUAUGUAUUAUUGUCUGUUUUUGUGAAGGUUGUUAUUUGCACUACUAAUUAUCAAGACCAGCAUAAGAUGGAAAUUGGUUUAAGCUGGUCCUCCCAGCCUGUCAAAGUUAAAUCUUAAAGGGGCGGUUUCCCGGACAUGGGUUAGACUAAUCCUAGACUUAAAUAUAUGUAAGAGCUGUCCAAACGAAAAACAACUUGCGCUGACAUAUCUUAAAUACAUCAGUGUCCUUUGUUUCGCCCCAAAAUGCUCACAGGUAAUGUUUUUAGCAAGGCAUGUAUGUUAAAACUAGUUAUAUUUCCUAAAUAAUCUAAGGCCUAUUCCUGGUUUAAGCUAAUCUCUGUCCGGGAAACCACCCCAAAAAGUGACCAAAACACAGCUAGACCAUCUUAAAAAUUGACCAAACCACAGCUACACCAGCUUGCUACACCAGCUAAAACCACCAAGGUGGUAGACCAGCUAAGACCAGCAUGCUCUUCCAGUUCAGUGUUUGCUGUAUCGAGUCUUAUUAAGGCUUAUGCUGGUCUUUAGAUGGAUUUUUCAAUAAACGUGAAUAAACGAUAUAAACGCAGUUGAAACUAAUAAACAGAUGUAGUGUAAUAUCCCCAGUCACAGCGGGGAUUAAUGGCGAUGACGCAAUGGUGACAACGGACUGCAGAUCACGUGACUGAACAAGUGGGGGGAAACCGUAAUUGAAUUGGAAUCGCUGCAUCACGUUCUCAUCCUGUCACUUAACGAAAACUAAUCACAUACUCUCACAAGAUGAAUCAGGCCUUUAGACAAUGCCAAAAUCUAAUGGUUACCGGGGCUAAUCGAGGUCUCGGUCUGCAAAUAGUUGAGAGUCUGGUAUUAGGGGGCUUUUCUCCGGGCAAGAUAAUCGCAACUGCUCGGAAUCCAGAGGCAGCCAAGGAAUUGCAAAGACUUGCAGAAGAGCAUUGUAACAUACACAUUAUUAAACUUGAUGUAACCAGUCAGGAGAGCAUUGAGAAAGCCACAUGUGAAGUGGAAAAGCUUGUUCAAGAGGAGGGUCUUAACUGUCUCAUUAACAAUGCUGGAAUCAAUGUUGUGGCCGAUCUUGAAACAGUCACUGCAGACAAAAUGUUGGAAAACUUCCAUACCAACUCCGUAGCACCACUGAUGCUCACCAAGGCUUUGCUUCCUUUGCUGAAGCGAGCAGCUGCCAAGGGAACCGGGAUGGGCAUCCAUAGGGCAGCGGUCAUCAAUAUGUCAUCCCUGCUGGGUUCAGUGGAGCUUUACUGGGGUGAUCGAGACAAAACUUUCAAAUGGUAUCCAUACAGAGCAUCAAAGAGUGCUCUCAACAUGAUUACCAGAUGUUUGGCAGUCGACCUUAAAGAAGACGGAGUCCUGUGUAUGGCUCUUCAUCCAGGCUGGGUACGCACUGAUAUGGGUGGACCAGAGGCACCAUUGAGCACAGAGGACAGCAUUGCCUCUGUGUUGUCUGUGAUUGGUGGUCUGACUGAAAAGGAUCAUGGCUCAUUUCUUCACUACGCUGGUAAACAGCUACCCUGGUGAAGCUGCAGAUGUUUUUCAGAUUGUUCAUUUUGCUUUUUAUUCAGGUUCCUUUCUUAUGAAAUGUAAGUUUAAAUGCUCCAGAUUAUAAAAAUGUUUCAGCACUUUAUUUGAAG